UGUGUGCCUCUGUAUAGUGUCAGUGUGUGUGUGUGCCCCUGUAUAGUGUGUAUAUAAGAAUUCAGCCAGAAUUUUAAAUUACAAUUUAAGGGGCACCAUUUUUUUUAUUUGUCCUGGGCGCCUUUAACCCUAGUUACGCCUCUGUCCUCUUCCUGUUAUCCAGUGUCUCCCUGUCACCCACUAUCUACCUGUUACCCUCUAUCACAGUGUCACACACUAUCUCCCUGUCUCCUAUGCUUCCCCAGUCACCCACUAUCUCCCUGUCACUCACUAUCUCUGUCAGUCUAUCUCCCUGUCACCCUCUCACCAUGUCACCCACUAUCUCCCUGUCACCCCUGCAUCCCCAGCCACCCACCAUCUCCCUGUCACCCACUCCCGGUCACCUCUAUUAUCUCUACAGGGGGUGGGGGGUUUAGGGGCAAAAUAUUGCCUAGGGAAUCAAAAUAGUUAGGGCCAGAAGUUCAAUCCAAAUUUUUAUCUUAUUGUCUGUUUGGGCGUUAUUAUUCACACAAUGCAAGCCACGCAAGUGACCCAAGCAUUCCUUGCCGCCACUCACCCCUGCUCAGUGCCGGCUCCCUGUUGCUGCCCACUCAGUGUCUGCCAGGACGGGUUAUACGCCGGCACCUGUCCCUGCUGUUACUCCUCUAUAGUGCUGCCACCUCUGCUGCUCCUCUCCUUUCUGCGGUGGGCUGCUACCCACCGACGGCUGCUUGAAUGUGUGCCGCCUGUGACCCACUUGCCCCUGAUGCUGCCUUACCAUCAACGCUGGUGUUCCUGCUCGUGUUCUGGCUGCUUCUCCAGUUUUGAGAACCCACAGGAUCUCUUGGCCGGAGGAGACUGAGAAGAGCAGCUCAGAGGAUGAGACACAGAAAUACAAGUGAUUGUGAGCCCCUGAGUAAAGAAAUCUUUCAGUGGCUGAUUAUAUGCUGCUGACAGUGAAUUGAGGAGCAGGAUGGAGGCUGAAGGUAUUAUGUGCGUGUUGUUGUGAAACAAAAGACCAGCUUGGCUGCCCACAGGGAGCUUUCUGCCAGAGACACAACAGGGAGGCUGCAUUUCUUUGCUAAGGGCGAGCUAGCCCUGUGAAGCUAGAAACCAACGUUGCACUGAGUUUCACCAAUGCUGAACGGCAAAUGCCUGCUGCUCCUGCCAGUACCUUCCAGAGAGAAUGCAAAGCGGAAGCGGCUUCUAGAACUGUGGAUCCAUUUGGGCACCUUGUCUGUUGCCAGAUCUCUGUCCCUGAAGCCGACUGUUUGCAGGCAACCUGCUGCCAGCACUAGACUGCACCUAUCAGACUGAGAAGGUCGCUUGGUAGGAUCAAACCAUGUCCAAGACUCCAGUUGUUCAGCAGGGCACUUAAUUUGGAGGUCACUUGGUAGGUUGAAGUCAAGAGUCAUUGGACUCGUUUUCUCCAGUUGAGUUGGGUUCAAACCGAUGACUUACCUGUAUCCCACAGCUGCCAGAACUGAUACUUGCUAUGGAUUUUGUUUGUGUGAACAACAAGGUCUAAGCAUAUUUUUUCAUCUCCCAAAGCAGAGCCUGUGGUUACGCUCCGGCCUCCAGCUGAAAAACAACUGUCCAUUGAGAAAAUGCUGAUGGGUCUAUGAGAGUAAGGAUGGCUGCUGGAAGAUUACUGCUCUACGCUGGGCUUUCUCUAGCUCUGUGUGCCCUGGGUAUGCUGGCUGUGGCUAUUUGCUCCGACCACUGGUAUGAGACAGAUGCCAGGCGGCACCGGGAGAGGUGCAAAGGCUUCACAAACAGAAGAGUUGACCCUGGAUUCAUUUAUAAUUCCAACAACAUCCUUCCACUGAGAGCGAGCAGGUCAAAGUUAGACCACUGGGAGGGCAAGUUACUUCUUGCCAGGAACAGGAGGCAGCUCUUUGCAAUGAGUGCUGCCGACGAGUGCAAUAGACAAUACAAUUCUACUAACAUGGGCCUCUGGAGGAAAUGCCACCGGCUAGGAUUUGAUCAAGACAUAGAAGAUAUCAUUGCCAAAGGAGAGAUUGAGAGGUGUUCCUUUAUCAAGUAUCACUAUUCAUCAGCCACCAUCCCCAAGAACCUAACGUACAAUAUCACCAAGACCAUCCGGCAAGACGAGUGGCACGCCCUACAUUUACGCAGGAUGACGGCUGGAUUCAUGGGUAUGGCAGUGGCCAUUAUUCUGUUUGGUUGGAUCAUCGGAGUGUUAGGCUGUUGCUGGGACAGGGGGCUGAUGCAGUAUGUCGCUGGUCUACUGUUCCUCAUGGGAGGCACUUUCUGUAUCAUCUCACUGUGCACUUGCGUUGCGGGGAUCAACUUUGAGCUCUCCCGUUACCCCCGAUUCCUGUACGGGCUACCUGACGACAUCAGCCAUGGUUAUGGAUGGUCCAUGUUCUGUGCCUGGGGGGGUUUGGGCCUGACUUUAAUCUCGGGUUUCUUCUGCACCUUAGCACCAUCAGUACAACCCGUCCUGAGGACCAACUGCCCAAAAACACGUCCCGAGAACGGAACAGUGUGCUAAAAAGCCUCCACAGAGCACAAACGAGAGAGUUGGGCCAACUCUAACUGUAAACUGAAGCUUGGAACUACAAAUAUCUCUUUGUCUCAGAUCUCAUUCAUUCCCAUGUGGCCAUGUUUGGAUGCCGCAAAAGGGGUGAUAUUGGCACGGGAGAACCCAUAGGAACUAUAACUCCUUAUGAUGGCUGAGAACAUGUCAUGGAAUGUGUAUAUAUCUCAUUGACCAAUGCUGUUGUUUUAAUGGACGCCAGAUGUAUCUCUCACCAGGGUUCUCUCAUUCUUAACUUCCAUCAUGACCUUCCCAGUUUGUCACAAUAAUUGAUUUCAUAUCUAUAUGUUGUCACCAAUCCACAAAAGACGACAGAGGCUACCUUAGUGGAUCAGUCCUAAGGAUGACUCUACUUUGGGAACUAAUGUGAAAAUAAUCUCAACCCACCCUGCUUGACAUCCCAUGAGGAAAUUGAAAGGAGAAACUAACCCAAAAUGCUAUUUUUUAUUUUACAAAAGGAAUAUACCGCCAUCGACAUUGUCCCAACCACUGUCGACUUACGGAAUGAAAAAAAUUUAAUUGAUUGUCUUUCAUUGAAGAUGACAGUGAAGUCUGUGAACAAAAUGGCGCUUAAGAACGCACAGGCCAAUCCCUGCUCGCCUUUUCAUGGCAUCUCUCUCCUGCCUUAGCACGUGCCUGGUGCCUAGGCUGGACUCAACGGCAGAAGCACAAGACUUAUCUCCGUCUACCGGUCCCAUUGCAUUAUUAGACAUCUGGUUUUUAGGAAUAAAACAAAAACAAUAAAAGGUCCAGCUCCUUAGUAAUGUUGGCUAAUUAAUGUAUAAGAUGUAAACGAGGUGGUGUGACAAAAUGUAUAACAGUGACAAAACUGAGGUUGCAGGUCAUGGGAACUGAUAAUGGUGGACGGAAUAGGAAGGGGAGUAAUAAAAACAUGGAAUAAUAUUGAUUUGGGAGGCAGUGUCAUGUGGUACCCAAACGUGGUCUAAAAUAUCAUAGAAUCCAUCAUAACUUAACUGUCUUUAAGUAAUAUUACUUUUCUAAAAUGUCGGCUUUGAGACUUAUCUUUGACCUUUCAUUGGUAUUCCGUUGAAGCUCAGAGAGAACCGUUGCCCAAACAGUAUUGAAAUAAUUUGGGGGGUGUGGAUCAUCGAGUGGACCAGACUCAGGUCAACAGUGUAUAGGUCGACCACUAUUGGUCGACACAAACUAAGUUGACACCUGAAAUAUGUCAACACACACAUUAGGUUGACAUGUACAUGGUCGACAUGACAAUGGGUCGACAUGAGUUUUUUGGGAAAAAUUGUGUCGUUUUCUUUGUAGUGUGACCAGGAACCACUACCACCGUGCUCGGCAGAGGUUACCGUUCCCAACCGUAGUCCAUGUGGAUCGUUAAGUAUGAGAAAGUUUUAAAAAAAGGGGGAAAAAAUGAAAAACUCAUGUCGACCGUUUGUCAUGUCGACCUAGAACAUAUCGAACUAGUGUGCACGUCAACCUAGAAACCACGUCGACCUAAUGCAUGUUGACUGAGUGUGGUCAACCUAAACACUGUCGACCUAAGUGUGGUCAACGAUACCAGUUUGGGAAGGUAGGGAAUGUGUGGGCCUACGCAAUUCUGUUUCCAAAUUCAGUUCACACACGUCAGCUGAAUUCUCCAGCUCACAAGGGGAUAGGUUAGAAUCAACGUGAUUGUCUGAUUCUUUGCGUAUCGUUUUAUUUCCAGUUAGGCAAAUUUGUAAUAAAAAUGUUGCUGUUCUCCCUUUUAAAGAUCUGCUACAUUAAUAUGACCCGAAUCACCAUUAUAUUCUCUGCUAUACUGUCAUAAUUAAAAAGUACUGAGUUUUAUGAUAGUCCGCUGAGUUACGGCCCAUAACUGAAGUAACUGUACUUAUAUAUUCAUUACUGCAAUCACCGUAACCUAUGCUUAAUUACCUUCAGAAGUUUAUUAGAAAAUUAAUUUAAACGUGGUUACAAGGAACGAUCACUUAUAGGUUGGUUUUCCUGGAGGCAGCUCAGGGCAAAACAAAAAUUAUCAAUCAUGAUAUAUUUUAUUUGUCUUUAAGAAAUAAAAACUGUCCGUGACUGUGUUUAAGAACUAGAGAAAUAAAUUGUACAAGGUUUACAGCUGUCUAUGGGGAAGAUGUAAAGUGGUGAGAGAUAAAGUACCAGCAAAUCACCACCUGUCAGUUUACAUGCUGUGGCCCAGAUUUAUCAAGCCUUGGAGAGUGAUAAAUUACACGGUGAUAAAGUACUAGCCAAUCAGCCCCUAACUGUCAUUUUUCAAACACAGACCAUAACCUGGAAGCUAGGAGCUGAUUGGUUGCUACUUUAUCACUGCGCAAUUUAUCACUCUCUAUGGCUUGAUAAAUCUGGGCCUUUGUUUUAAAAUUGACAGGUGCUGAUUGGUUGCUACUUUAUCUCUCUCCACUUCAUCUCUCUCCAAAGUUUGACACACCUCCCCCUAAGUAUUAUAAAAGUAACAAUUUAUUUCCACGCCCAACUGCGGCAGCGCAGAAUGGCUGAACCUGUCGCAUGUCGGUAAUUUUGCUAAUAAAUUAAAAGAUUCUAAUUAAUCACACAGAAUGUAGCGUCGGCAGAAAUCCAUUAAUAAUAGAAAGUAAUUGUACCUAACUAUGGAGGCAUCGGCAAAAAUCCUUCAGGAAGGUCAAAAGCGUUAUUGUCACGUCUUAAUUCCGCAUAGGAUGAUUGAUAUGUGGAACUUCCCUGACAGGCAAUGGGCAAUUUGUUUUUAAAUCCACUGAAAAUGACAUAUCCCAGGUAAUUAUUAAAAGCCCAACUCUCCUUGAGAUCUAUCACCCUGUGCUGCCACAGCCUGAUUGCCUUCAUAUUGGCAAAGCACCCAUCGUAAUAGGAUUCUGUGACCCCGAUAGCGCAACACGGCCUAUUCCUUACAAUACAAUCAAUAGCAGAUAGUUUCGUUCUCCUGCCCCAAUCUUCUGAAGAACCACUUACGAUUUAUUAAUAAAAGCUGCAUUUUUUGGGAGCUACCGUGAACCUGAAAACAAAAAAACAUCUUUCCAAAUCUUUUUUAAAUAAUUGGAUGACUAAUUAUCUCGGAGUGCAAUAAAGUUGACUUAUUAACUCUGUAACAUUUCAAGUUUCUGGCAAUUGCUGCGCACAGGUCCGCUGGGGAAAUUCACUGUACAUAGUAAAUUUUCUUUUCUUCAGAAGGAGAAAGAGGUUUAAAAGCUCAUUUAUAGAAUACAGACCCUAAGGGUCUUAUUAUUUUUUAUUACAUCUCUAAUUACUUACCGAAGAUCUGACGCCCGUAAAGACAUGUAUACAAUUAAUGUUUGUUGGAUCCCCUUUUUUUCCCCUGUAAACAGGCUGAUGGAACCAGGCCUGGUACACGGGGUAAUGUAUCAUCCCAUGUGUGGGUUUUAAUUAUUUCUGUCUUGUUAAUGAAGAUUUGUGUGGACAGCUAACUAACCAUGGGUUUCGGAGCAGGUCGCGGAGAAUGUCAGUGUCAGGAUCUGGGAUCCUGACCGGAUCCCGGAAGGACAUGUCCUAAUUUUUCUAGAAUUGGGGCGGUUUUGCCACUCGAGAUAUUAGGCAGAGAAUUAUCUUUUUUCAAUGAUAAAAAAAUGUACAAAAUAUUAAUUAAAAAUAAUACAAAUUUCGUUUUUUUUAAAAUGUUUUAAAUGUCGAUUAAAAAGAUAAGUGGCAAUAGAUACUGCAGAAAAAGAAAUAUGUGGAUAGGGGACACCGUGGUGUCUAUGUACUAAGCCGUGGAAAGAGAUAAAGUGGACGGAGAUAAAGUAAAAGCCAAUCAGCUCCUAACUGUCAAGUUACAGGCUGGGAUUGAAAAAUUACAGUUAUGAGCUGAUUGGUUGGAGAUUUAAUUCCGUCCACUUUAUCUCAUUCCAAGGCUUAGUACAUAGACCUCAAAUUAUGUAAUAAAAAAAAACUACCCAAGCCUUAAGCCACAGAUAAUAUCAAUUUGGUUGAGUUGGACCAAAGUAGUCCAACAAGUGCCUUGAGUCCUAUUGGAGAAAGAGCGCUAUAUAAAUAAAAUAAUUCUUCUUCUUCUACUUCUUCUUCUUCCUCCUCCUCCUCUGGGAUAUCUGUCGUCCAGACAGACUAGAGUGUAUAACGGGAUGGAAAAUACAGACAGGCAAAGAUAUAUGCAUGGGAUAAAACCAGAGAAAGCAAGUGCAACCUGGCCGUCCCAGAUCUGGUCCUUUGGUCAUUGUGUGCCUCCAUAUCUGGUUAUUUGCUGAUCAAGCCGCACAGACAGACAGACAGAGGCUUAUGCAGCCACGUUCACCCUAUACUUGGAAAGUUCCUAAUAGGUCACUGAUUGGUUAAUCCAUAAAUUUAUCCAGUAGUAAAACAUGCACUUUCGGCAUUGAGAAUACACAAUCCUAUUCUAAAGAAAGAAAGUAACACGAUGACUUUUAAAAUUAUUUUCUAAAAUAUUUAGGAGACGUUCUAAAUGACCCUACAGAAAUGUUACCCGAUGACAGACGGUAACACAUAUUUCAUUACAAACUUUUGGUCUAGCAAACAGGUGACGCAUUUACAGUAAGUGCUGUACUUCCUAUCCGUAUAUUAAUGUAAUCUGACAAGAUGCAACAGUGCAUUAUUAUAAAGGCCCAUGUAAGUAACGCAGUGGAAAGACAGACUAUAAUCAAACUAUUAAAUUAUUAAUAAUGACCUGUGAUAGUUUCCUACCAAGGUAUGAAAAGGUUUAUAUUCUGAUAAAUACUGUGAAUGUACAACAUGAACUUCCAUACAGUAGGGCCUUAUAGUUUCAUUAAAGAGCAUUUCGUUCAGCGCCCAUUAGUUUAUUUGAGGAAUUGCCAUAAGGCCCCAAGCCUUGUGGAGUAAUACAUAGCACGGUGAUAAAGUAUCAACCAAUCAGCUCCUAACUGCCAUGUCACAGUCUGAGUUUGAGAAAUGACAGUUAGGAGCUGAUUGGCUGGUAUUUUAUCUCACUGCUAUGUAUCACUCUCCAAGGCUUGAUAAAUCUGGGCCAAUGUAAGAAGUGCUAAUGGGGGAAUUCGAUUUUUGGUGAUAUGUUGCUGCAUUGUACGUUGCAUACAUCCCCAAGAAUUCCGAUAACUCAACAUCGCUAAUCUUACUACGCACCUCUUUGGGGUGCGAGAAGAAAUUUGCAAUGUUGGAGGCAGCGAGAUGUCAGCGUUCUGGCCAGCGCUACGGUACUCCGAUGGCAUUUCACGGUCAUCGUCUGGAACUAAAUUAACCCCUAAAUGUUCUGUUCAGCCUGUAGUGCAAUAAAUGUCUUUAUGAUACUUGUAGAAUGGCCUUUGAGGCCCAGCAGAUCCGGAAUACACAUUUGCAUACCGCCGUAAAACCCUUUAAUAUAUGCAUUAUUUGUGUUUUGACAAAUUUGCACAUAUAGGGGAAGAUGUAUCAAGUCUUAGAGAGAGAUAAAGUACCAGCCAAUCAGCUCCCAACUGUCAUUUUUCAAACACAGCCUGUAACAUGGCAGUUAGGAGCUGCUUAGCUGGUACUUUAUCUCUCUCCACUUUAUCACGCUCAGGGUCAGAUGUUUUAACC